AUGUGUGGAUGGACGCGUGGAUCAGCUGAGACAGAAAAUGGCGGUGUGAAAGCUGCUGAGCUGAUCGUCAUCUGUUUCAUGCUGCUACAAGGCUUUGUGGCAGCUUUCAACUGCACCAGCCCAACUCCUGCCGCCCUGUUUGAUGAACUCGCAAAACAUUUGUUCUCUAACAAACUGCUGCGUCCCGUCGAAACCUUUGCAAAGCCAAUAAACAUAUCCAUCAGCAUAACAGUGGCAGGAAUUUUAGGAGUGGAUGAAAAAACCCAAACACUGUCUUCAGUCUUAUGGCAGGUCCUGGAGUGGGAUAUCGAAGGACUGAACUGGGAUGAGAAGGAAUGUGCAGCUAAAAGAGUUUCGGUUCCUCGGGACAACCUUUGGGUCCCAGACAUUCAAAUAAAACAGCUCCUGGACGAAGCCAGCUCUACCAAAACUCCCUAUGUCUACUUAUAUAAUACAGGUCAUGUAUAUGAUGAUAAGCCCAUCACAGUGGUCACUUCUUGCCAAUUGGGAAUCUACACCUUUCCCUUUGAUAUCCAAAACUGCUCGUUGACCUUCGGAUCAUAUAUACACUUUGCUACAGAUAUUCAGAUGAUUCAAGGCGCCACAGCUGAAAAGGUCCUGAAAGAGUCCCGAGAUGUGAUUGUAACCAAUGGGGAGUGGGAGCUGGCAGAUAUCAAUAUUGCCGAUUCCAGCCUGCAUUUAGACGAUGGAAGCUACUCUGAGAUCACAUACUAUAUCGUGCUAAGACGGAGACCAAUCGUCUAUGUGGUCAACCUCCUGGUCCCCAGCUGUUUCCUAAUCACAGUGGACCUCUUCAGUUUUGUGCUGCCCCCACAGAGCGUGGACAGAUCCUCCUUCAAGAUGACACUCAUCCUGGGCUACACCGUCUUCCUGCUCAUAAUGAAUGACCUGCUGCCUGUUACCGGGGAGAAAACACCGCUCAUCAAUGUUUUCUUCUCCAUUAGUCUGGCGCUGAUGGUUGCCAGCCUGUUGGAGACGCUGUUCAUCACAAACAUUCAGUACAAGCCCAGAGAGUACAGCGCAGUGCCUCACUGGCUCAGUGUCCUUGUGUUACGUUAUCUAGCUGUUCUUGUUUGUAUCCCUCCAAAGGAAAGGAGCAACCGAGUCACAGUCUCCCUCAAUCCAUCUCACAAAGCACCAUCAGCGAACACAAGCGCCACAAGCCUCUCAGACCAUCAGAGCAUCUCAGAUGUUACACUUUCAGGAAAAGCAGCUCCAGCUUCUCUGGACUCUCCAGAGCCAGUUGUGGAACAACUGAGGAUGUUAGGCAGAGAGCUCACAGCUAUCCGAGUUCAGAUGGACAAAUACUGUCAAGGGACCAAAGCCACGCAGGAGUGGGAAAUGAUCGGGACAGUGAUCGAUCGUCUGCUGUUUGGCUUGUACAUCAUCUUCAUUUUUGUGAGCUUUAUCACAAUAAUAAGCAUCUGGAUAUGGCAUAAUUCAUUUGCUACAUGAUUAGAUCAAAAACUGCAUCACAUGGAGUAGUGCCAUGGCAAUCUUCACUUCACGCAUGUACUUGACCCCGUGCUGAUUCCUUAUUUUUUUGCAUAUUUGUCACACGUACGUGUUUCAGAUCAAAGGAAUUGAUGACCUGAAACAUUUUAGUGUGACAAAUACACAAACCAAGAGCAAAGAGGGCAUGAGAUGGAUUUGCUGAGAUCAGGAAUAACAGCAUCAUUUAGUAUAAUGAAAAUAGCCCUGCUUCUGUUGUCUGCAUUUCAUUCCUGUAAUCAAACAGCAUCGGUUAAUGAGCAUUUGUCUGUCAGGUAGUUGGCCUUGGCAAACUCUGCAUUUUACAGUCACAAACAUGACUGUGGUUUACUGUAUCCUAACACUAUUUACUGGAGCUUUUUCUUUUUAACAUAUCAAUAGCCAGAGAAAAAUAUGAAAGAGGGACACAUUCAUAAACUCACAGGCCUGGGCUUACAUCCAGUAACCACCAUUUUCCUUGCAAACCAGAACCAUGAACACAUUUAGACUCUAAUGCCAUUAAAUAGAAGUUGUACUUGUCUUUAAGAUUCAUUAGCAAUUAAAAACUAUUACGACUAUUAUUGUAUUGUUUUUCCAUUUCACCGGUUGUGGUUUACCUGCAUAAUCAAAUUAUAACAGUGGGUGAUUUGGUCUGCAGCAAUUUGUGACAAA